GAUUUUCUAUUUAGAAUGGAGGAUAUUGGGCUGUUUAAACAAGUUUGGAAAUGGUUGCAAUCCAAGAAAAUUUGUUACUCUGUUGUGAGAACAACAGCCAGCUGUUUCCGAGACAAGAUUGGGAUAUUUAUAGAGAGGCAUUGGCCAAUGGUUUGUUGUGCGUGUGCAAGGCUGGGGAGACUGAUGUUGCUUUUGUUGAUUCGAUGGAAGGAUUGUGGAGUCAGAGGAUUUCGGUCGUUUAUCGGGCUUGGUUCGGCAGCUUUGCUUGUUAUCAUGUGGAGUUGUUUUCUUAGUUUGACAUCAUUAUCGUGUCUUGUAUAUGUCCUUCUUAGUAUGGGAGCUGCUGGGAUUGCUGUACAAUACUUGGGAUAUACUCCUGGGCUUUUCAUUGUAGGGCUUUUUGCCAUCUUAAUUUUGUGGAUGUAUGCAAACUUUUGGAUAACGGGUACAUUGUUCAUUGUUGGAGGUUAUCUGUUUUCUCUGAAUCAUGCUCGGCUGGUGGUGUUGAUGGCUAUGAUAUAUGCUAUGUAUUGUGUGAAAGUUCGCGUUGGAUGGUUUGGAGUCUUUCUCUCAAUUAAUCUUGCAUUCUUGUCAAAUGAUGUGUUAAAUUACGUGCUUCAGUGUUGUGAUAAUUUGAGUGAAAGUGUGCCCAUUGAGGAGCAAACAAAAUCUGAGUCAUUCACAGAGGAUGGCUUCUCUACAGAGUGUGAGUAUUCUGUGCCUGCUGAUGAACCAGAAAAGGUGCAGUCUUGUAAAUCAUCCAGCAAACCUGCUGUGGCAUCAUCUUUGGUCAACAAACAAAAAGAAUCUAUGGCCAAGCAAGUUAUCAGAGAAGAUGAAAAUUCCAUUAUUGAGAUGAAGCGGAUUUUAGGUAGUAACAAUCACUAUGAAGCACUUGAGUUUCCUCGCAACAAGAAAGUUGACUCUAUUUUAUUGAGGAAGGAAUACAGGAAAAAGGCAAUGCUUGUUCAUCCUGACAAAAAUAUGGGAAGUACACUUGCAAGUGAAUCCUUUAAGAAGCUUCAGUGCGCCUAUGAGGUUCUUUCUGAUGCUGUGAAGAAGAGGGACUAUGAUGAACAACUUAAAAAGGAAGAAUCGAAGAGUGUCAUACAGAGAUCAUCUAGCACUUCUCGUCAGCAGGAUAGCUCUGAUUACUGCUUGGAAGAGUCAAGACGUAUACAGUGCACAAAAUGUGGCAAUUCACACAUUUGGGUCUGCACAAAUAGGACUAAGGCCAAGGCCAGAUGGUGCCAGGAUUGCUGUCAAUAUCAUCAAGCCAAAGAUGGCGAUGGAUGGGUGGAGUACAAAGGAUCAUUGAUAUUUGAUCAGCCUCGAAAGGUGGAAAUACCGCGAGCUUUUGUCUGUGCUGAGAGCAAGAUCUUUGAUGUAUCAGAAUGGGCCAUAUGUCAGGGAAUGGCUUGUAGACCCAAUACACAUCGGCCAAGCUUCCAUGUCAACAUGGUUGGUUUGGACAAGUCAUCUCAGAGAUCCAAUUCUAGCAGAUACCCAUGGGAUCUGGAUGCCGAGGUGAUGGACGAAGAUGAAGAUUUUGAGCUGUGGCUUCAACAAGCCCUGGCUUCUGGACUAUUUUGUGAAACUUCCAAGCGCAGAAAGAGCUGGAGUCCCUUUAAGUUGCAUCACAGAAAGAAAAGUUGGCGAAGAUCAUCAUGAAUGGGAGCUCUAAAAUUGUUAUUAACCCCUAACUUCCUGCAACAAUGGCCAAGCACCACCAGCAACAAUCUCCACCUUCAGCGCUAGAUUUAGGAGUUAGAAUGGGAGUAGGAUAUUGCAGGUAUUUUAAUUGCAGUGCAGAGAGCUGCCAGAGAAUCUUAGUGGAGAAGAUGACAACAGCUGUUGGUGGCAAGGAAAAGUCUGAACAACUUGUUUUGCACGAUCAUUUAUGUAAAUAAUUGAUAACUUUGUUGCGGGAUUUCUUCUGUUGGAGAUGUCAGUUUUGGGAAGAUACAAUUGAGCUGACAAGGAAUUGAUUCCAAAGGGCAAAAUGAAAGGGAUGCUUUCUUUGUACAUGUAAAUGCAACCUGAUAGCUUUGUACACUGCCAGUGAAAUAAAAACAUGAAAAAAGAAAAGAAAGUUGACUGAGAUUAAUCUCAAACUGGGAUGGUUGCAUUUUAACUACGUUUGAGAUUUGUCAUAUAUCUCUCUAUCUCAAAAGUGCCCAGGCACUCACUGAUCUGCUCACAAAAAAUUACUGUAUUUGGUCAGCUUGCAAAAAGCUGCGAUGUCGUAUUCUUACUGUCUGUGUAAUGCUAAUAGAUUUGCAUUUCUAAGCUUUUGCAAUAAAAUUUGUGCAGUGGUUUGCUUC